AUGAUGGCAUCUCCCGACCAACCCAACAGCGACAGCAAGGCCACUAUAAGUAGUAGCACCAAGGUCCCUCCAACUGAACGGGAACUGCAAGUGCAACAGCGAGAAUUGGCCCGCCUUCGUCAGUUGUUCAAGAAUUCAAACUGGCAACUCCUCCGUGACAAGUGGCCUCUGGUCCGGGAGGAUUGUGGCGAAGCCUGGAAGACCGAGCCAGAAGACUGUCAAGUGGAAAAACAGAUUAUUCGAGAACAUGUGGAAGUUUUCGAACAUGGCGUGGUCAUGUCCUUGGUAGUCUUUGCUACCCUACGAAUUGUCGCUCAUCCCAGAUUUGAGCCAUUGGCCGAGCGGUAUAUCAAGCCCAUCUUCACCUGGGGGCUGCGUUCCACCAAACGAAAAGCACCCAAGAAGAAAGCCGACACCACCACCACCAACACAACUGCCGACAAGCAAAAACCCAAAUUGGCGCAACUGCAGCAACGUGGACGGCUGCGACAAUUCAAGAGUCACUUGGAAAAACAACGAGAUUCCCACGUGGAACGUGUCCACCAGGCGGCCGAGGCACCUCAUGAUUUUUUGGUGAGCACCAUUGUGGGUGCCUCGGCGACGUUUCUCUUUUUCCAGCCGGCUCAAUUGCGAUUGGAUUUUGAAGAAGCACCACUCAUGCCGGGAAAGAGCUUUUGGUGCGAUCACAUGUGCCAAGACGCUAUUACCAUUUAUCAAAACACGGAUCCCAAAGUCUUUCAGUAUGACGAGUCGGAAACUCCAGAUGCCAAUGUCAAAUCCUUUGAAAAAUUUGCCCUGCAUUGUAUUCUGAGAUCGGCAUACAUCCAAAAACGAAAGCAACAAGGCGAAGCCAAACCAAAUGUACUCCCCACAAGUGGACCAUGGGAAUUGCCAAAACAAUUGAAUGACGAAACAAUCAAAGAGGGGAUGGUGCUGUCACCGUUGUAG